CUUGUUAAACUGCCCCUCACACUGGAUAGCAGGCAUGGCGGAGCUUUUGCUGGAUUCUAACAUCAGGGUUUGGGUGUUUUUACCCAUCGUUGUUAUUACGUUUUUGAUUGGAAUCAUCAGACAUUACGUCACUAUUCUUCUUUCGUCGGAGAAAAAGUCAGAUUUGCAGCAGGUUGCAGACAGCCAUGCACUGAUUCGAAGCCGGAUAUUAAGAGAAAAUGGAAGAUACAUUCCAAAACAGAGCUUUUUAGUAAGGAAGAAUUUUUUCAACAAUGAGGAUCGUGGAUUCUUCAAGGUUGAGAAGAGGGAAUCACAAGCAAAGAAUCCAAUGACUGAUCCUUCUAUGAUGACUGACAUGAUGAAGGGAAAUGUAACAAAUGUUCUGCCUAUGAUCGUCAUUGGUGGUUGGAUCAACUGGGCAUUUUCUGGCUUUUUGACAACCAAAGUGCCAUUUCCACUGACAUUACGCUUCAAGCCAAUGUUGCAAAGGGGUGUUGAACUUGUCUCUCUUGAUGCAUCAUGGGUGAGCUCAGCAUCUUGGUAUUUCCUCAACGUAUUUGGUCUUCGAAGCAUGUACACACUCAUCCUUGGUCAGGAUAAUGCUGCAGACCAGACUCGGGCCAUGCAAGACCAGAUGUCAGGGUCAGCAAUGAUGGCUCCACCAGACCCCAUGAAGGCAUUUAAGGCCGAAUGGGAAGCACUUGAAGUGUGUGGUCAUGAGUGGGCGCUGGAAGGUGUUGAGGAAGAGUUAACAGGAGGCAUUAUUCAACCAGAGACUAUAUAUCUCAAGAAUAAGUUUGCUUAGAUGUCCAUCUCUUCAUAAUUGUUGUUUACUGAAAAUGUUGAGGUCAUCUUUAUAUGUGAAUGUGUGUGUCCUUGUGCGUGUGUUUUCAAAGCAUCUCCUGUAUGCAAGAGGGUUUUAAAAAAACUAUACACAAUCUCAUAGGUAAACAAAGAAAAUAUGGCAUAUUUUUAACUGUUGUAAGGCACUGUUACAGUGGUGAGUUUUUAGGUUUAGACAGAAGCUCAUUUCAAGAACUCCAUGGUUAAAGCUCUUUGAAUAUUGAUGAUUGUUGUUUUGCAAGAUGGGGAAAACAUCGUGGUAGAAGAGAAUUAGAAAAAAAUUGUCACUGUUUAGUGGCUUUACUGGACAUUGCUAUCAUCAAAAAGAAAUAACCCGAUUGCUUACCCUUAACAUCCUUGAUGUAAUUAUUGAAUACAAUUGAGAUGUAUCCUUUGGUGACUGCCUGUUGACUCAAAAGUGGCCACUAUCACAUAGUAAAUACCCAGGUGCAAUGUAUGAAACCUUAAUUUUUUUGUAUUCUUUAGAUUGUAUUGUUUUCGGAACUUGUAUUAUCAAGCAGAAGACUUCACAGUACUACUAAGCACAGAUUUAGUGUUCAGUUACUAGCGCAUAUCACAAGCAACUUUUAGGCCAAUUUCACUUUGUAUAUAAAAAAGAAAUAAUUAUUGCAUGUACCAUUAUGGUUCUGUGGAUGCAACUUAGAAAUAAAUUGUGUUUCUUUUAUUUGCUAUGUUGUGUUGCAUGGAUAAUUCUUAAGCAUUUCAAAAUAAAUGUGUUGUAUUUAA